AUGCAAAGGGUGUCGCGACUGAAGAGGGAGCUCUCCCUCCUGGCCACGGAGCCUCCUCCCGGCAUCACCUGCUGGCAAAACGGAAACCAGCUGGAUGACCUGCGAGCACAAAUUUUAGGAGGUGCAGACACACCGUAUGAGAAAGGAAUAUUCAACCUGGAAAUAGUCGUUCCCGAGAGGUACCCCUUUGAGCCCCCGAAGAUUCGCUUCCUGACCCCUAUCUACCAUCCGAACAUCGACUCUGCUGGAAGGAUUUGCCUGGAUGUUCUUAAAUUACCACCAAAGGGCGCGUGGAGGCCUUCGCUGAACAUCUCCACGCUGCUGACCUCCAUACAGUUGCUGAUGGCGGAGCCCAACCCUGAUGACCCUCUCAUGGCAGACAUAGCCAAAGCGUGGACGGAGAAACACGCCAGCCAGCAGAGCGGGGCUUCCAAACCUUUGGAAGAGAAAAUAAACCAAAACGAAACCAGUACCACCAAUGAAUUCCCGGUGCAGAAAAGCAAUUUUUUUUUGAAGGAGAAGAAAUCCCGCCUGGAUUCCUAA